AUGCCUCUUCGUUUCAACACACUCCAGCUCCAUGCUGGUCAAGAAAUUGACCCUAACGACCCCGUGAAGUCUAGAGCCCCACCAAUCUAUGCCACUACCUCAUACAUGUUCAAUUCUUCCGAACACUCAGCCAAUUUAUUUGCCGGAAAGGAACCUGGAUACAUUUACUCCAGAGUGCAAAACCCCACAAAUCACGCCUUCGAGACCCGUGUUGCUGCCCUCGAAGGCGGUAUCGCUGCCUUGGCCACCAGUUCGGGCCAGUCUGCCACCUUCGUAACCCUCUCCACCUUGGCUGGCCACGGAGACAACAUCGUGGCUUCUGCAUGCUUGUACGGUGGUACUUACAACCAGCUCAAGCUCAGCUUCCGCAAAAUGGGAGUUGAGGCCCGCUUUGUCCAUAACGACGACCCAGAGGAGUUUGCUCGCUUGAUCGACGAUAGAACCAAGGCAGUAUUCUUUGAAACCAUUGCUAACCCCAGGUUCAACUUUCCUGACAUUUCUAAGAUCGCUGAAGUUGCACACGCCAAGGGGGUUCCUGUCGUGAUCGACAACACCUUUGGAGCAGGUGGGUUCUUGGUCAGACCAAUUGACCACGGUGCCGAUAUCGUGGUACACUCUGCCACCAAGUGGAUCAGUGGCCACGGUACCACCAUCGGUGGUGUUAUUGUGGACUCCGGUAAGUUCCCUUGGAUGGACUACCCUGAAAAGUUCCCCGACAUCACACAACCCAACGAGGGCUACGAUGAUCAGGUUUUCGGUGCCGUCUUUGGCCCUGCUGCUUUUAUCAUGGCUGCCAGGCUCCAGAACUUGAGAGAUACUGGACCAGUGGCCAACCCAUUUUCGUCCUUUUUGUUAUUGCAAGGGUUGGAGACCUUGUCAUUGAGAGUAGAAAGACAGUGUCAGAAUGCCUUGAACUUGGCCAAGUACUUGGAGAAGUCGCCCCACGUCAAGUCGGUAUCGUAUGUGGGAUUGCCAUCCCACAGUCACCACGAGGUUGCUAAGAAAUACUUGAGGCAUAAGGAUCUCUGGGGCAGUGUUAUGACCAUCGAGGUGGAAGGUUCUGAUCAGGAAGCCGAGCCUUUCAAGGAGCCUGCCAGUGCGGUGGUUGACAACUUGAAGUUGUGGUCCCAUUUGGCCAACGUGGGUGACUCCAAAAGUUUGGUUAUAGCUCCUUGGUUCACUUCCCACGGUCAGAUGAAGGAUGAGGACAAGGUCAAGACCGGAAUCACCAAGGGCAUGAUCAGACUCUCGGUGGGGACUGAAGACAUCGAAGACCUUAUUGAGGAUCUUGAACAAUCAUUUAAGAUCGUUUACGGCCACAAAUAG